AUGCAGGGGCAGUCCAACGAAUUAGAGUCUAAUGAAUUAGAGUCCAACAAGAUAGAGACUAGCGAAUUAGAGUCUAACAAGAUAAAGACCAGCGAAUUAGAGUCUAACGAAUUUGAAGACCAACAAGCUAGAAACCAACGAAUUAGAGACCAACAAAAUAGAAACCAUUUAUUAGAAACCAACAAAUUAACCAACGAAUUAGAGUCUAACAAGAUAGAGACCAGCAAAUUAGAGACCAACAAAUUAGAGACCAACAAGAUAGUGACCAGCAAAUUAGAAACCAAUGAAUUAAAGACCAACAAGCUAGAAACUAACGAAUUAGAGUCUAACAAAAUAGAGACCAACAAAUUAGAAACCAACAAAAUAGAAACCAAUGAAUUAGAGACCAACAAGAUAGAGACCAGCGAAUUAGAGACCAACGAAUUAAAGACUAACAAGCUAGAGACCAACAAACUAGAAACCAAUGAAUUAGUGAUCAGCAAAAUAGAGACCAGUGAAUUAGAGACCAACAAAUUAGAGACCAACAAAUUAGAGACCAACAAAUUAGAAGCCAACGAAUUAGAGACUAUUGAAUUAGAGUCUAAUGAAUUAGAGUCCAAUGAAUUAGAGUCCAACAAGAUAGAGACCAAACAACAAAUUAAAACCAACAAAUUAGAUACUAAUGAAUUAGAGUCCAACAAGCUAGAAAUUAAUAAAUUAGAAACUAACAAGCUAGAAGUCAACGAAUUAGAGACCAAUGAAUUAGAGACCAACAAGCUAGAAACUAACGAAUUAGAAACCAAUAAAUUAGAGACCAACAAGCUAAAAACUAACGAAUUAGAGACCAACAAAAUAGAGACUAUCAAAUUAGAAACCAACAAAUUAGAGACCAACAAAUUAGAGACCAAUGAAUUAAAGACCAACAAAUUAAAGUCCAACGAAUUAGAGUCCAACAAGAUAAAGACCAGCGAAUUAGAGUCUAACGAAUUAGAGUCCAACGAAUUAGAGUCCAACGAAUUAGAGUUCAACAAAAUAGAAACUAACAAAUUAGAGACCAGCAAAUUAGAGACUAACAAGCUUGAAACCAAUGAAUUAGAAACUAAUGAAUUAGAGACUAACAAAUUAGAGAUCAAUAAAUUAGAGACCAACGAGAUAAAGGCCAACAAAUUAGAAACCAAUGAAUUAGAGACCAACAAACUAGAGAACAACAAAUUAAAACCAACAAAUUAG